AUGGAUGAGAAGAAAUUCACCGCAUAUUUCCUACAUUUCGUCGGCAAGCAGGCGUAUACUUUGAUCAAGAAUUUAGUAUAUCCUGAAUCUCCAAUCGAUAUUUCUUACACUGCAUUGAAGAAAAAAGUUCUUCAACACUUCAAACCGAUUAACUUCGUAGCAGCCGAAAGAGCUAGAUUCAAUAUGUUGACCCGCUCUCAUUCUCAGUCGGUCCGUGAUUUCGUGUUACGGCUGCAGACACAGGCAGCCAAAUGUGACUACGGUGCCCAAUUGGAAGAACAGCUGCGUGAUAGACUCAUUGCUGGCAUUCAACUGCCCGAAUUGCAGCAUAAGCGGUUACUCUGUCCGGAUCAGAAAUUUCAAACUAUUCGGAAAAUAUGUGAGCAGUAUGAAGAUGUGAAGCAUGUGACGAAGACUGAGGAAGCAGACUUGCUAAAUUAUUCUAAAACAAAUAAUUCAAGGAUGCGGACGAACAACAAAUUCAAACCUCGAACAGAUUCUCGUGCCUCAAAUCCAUCAACACGUCACUUCAUAGAUCAAGUAAAGGCAUUAUCUGAAGAUAUUUCCACUCUUUCUCUAUCCGUUUUGUCCCAAAAUUCGUCACAUGUUUUUAAAACGUUGAUAUCCGCUUCUGGUCAAAAGCAUGAUUUUAUUGUUGAUAAUGGUAGUGUUGAGUCCAUCAUUCCACAAUCAGAUCUAACUGCAUUCUACCCCAGUGCCGUGAUA